UAUUAACUAAAAUCAGUAAUCAUUUUAUUACGGUAAAUCAAAACCUCCCGUAUCCCCAGUAAACCCGAUGAAUGCAGGAUGACUAAAAAAUAAAUAGGAGCUAAUGUAAAUUGUUACAUUCAUAUUGUAGAGGCGUAAAUAAACCACUUCUUUUUAUUUAUAAUAUUUUUAAAUUAAUUCAUUUAACCUAGAUGUAACAGUUGUGGUGUUUUACCCCUCAUCUUGCUAACAAUAAAGAUGUUUUGUUGUUGCGUGAAAAGUUAGGUUAGGAUUCAAUUGCAGAGUGUGUGCAAGGACUCGAGAUCGCAUCGUGUUUUAUUUAAACCAGUCGUGAUUUGUAAUACCAAAAACAAACAUAGAAUGGCGCAAAAUAGAUUAGAAAGAAUCAGGCCAAUAAAUAUUAAUACUAUUUGUAUUUUAAUAUAAAAUGAGUAUGUGCUUAGCCUCUAGAGCUAAGAACAGAUAAAAUAAUAAAAACAAUAAAAAGAUAGCAGGAAGAGAAAAGCAGAAACGUGAUAUAUAAAAAACAAGAAGAAGAAGGAGAGAAGCAGUAGAUUCCAUGGCAUUUCCACUAAACGAUCAGGUCUAUACAAAGUCCUUUACUCCCAGGGAGUAUCAAGUGGAGCUUCUUUAUGCAGCAAAGGAAAGAAACAUAAUUGUAUGUCUGGGAAAAAAUUCUGAGCAAACUUUUCUCGCUAUAAAAUUGAUUCAAGAAUUUGCUACUAACAAUAGGAGAUUAAUAACCGAGGGUGGAAAGCGGGCAAUGUACAUAUUGAAUGAUGAAGAUAAAUGCGUAAUAAUAGGAACUUACAUAAAGCAAUUAACUGAUCUGAAAGUAUUAGCAUGUGAUUCUGAUAUACUUAAGGAAUUUGUUGACAGCGUCGAAAGUUCUCACGUAUUAGUAGGAACACCAAAAGUUUAUGCACAACUAAUGACAGAAAGCAAGCUUUUACCGUGUCACAUAAAUCUAGUCAUAGUGGACGAGUGCCAUAAGUCUAUCGAAGACAGCAAUCUAAAGUUUAUCCUUCGAACUUUCUUAUUGUGUGACAAUGUUCCUAGAAUAAUUGGCUUGGCAGUACCAGUGUUUAAUUUGACGCAAGAACCUGGGAGAUUAGGCCUAGAAAUAGAAAAAGUAGAAGCUGCCUUUCAGUGCGGAGUAGAAACUGCUAAUGACAUCCUUUCAAUAAUACGAUAUAGCCCAAAACCAAGAGAAUAUGUUGUGGAAUAUGCGAAAGGAGAAAAGGGAAAUUUAUACGAUACGCUCGAAAGUUGCGUACUGCAUGCUAUUGAAUUUUUACGUGACCAUCGAUAUGAUCCAAUGGAGAUUUACACUGAGGAAUUUUAUGAGGACAUUCAGAAAAUUCCUGAUCCUAUACAAAAGCCAUUUGAGAUGCUGCAAGAUUUCUUGCACAUAUUAGAAACUCUUGGUCCAUGGUGCGCAGAUCGUGCUGCUCUAGCAUUAUUAAUUUUAACGGAAAAAUUGAAAAUCAAAACUCCUUAUGAAAGACAUUAUUUAUUAUUAAAUAUGAUGACAACUGUUUUUAUAAAAAUUCGUGCUCUUUGUGAUAAUGAAUUUCAACAUUUAUCUGAAAAGGAGAAGAUAUAUCAAUAUAGUACGCCAAAAGUUCACCGAUUAUUACAAAUCUUAAAAACUUAUACUCCUUUUUAUACUAAAGAGAUUAACACUCCGGAAAAAAAGAUAAAUGCUGAUGUUGAUGUUAAAAAUUGUGUUACGAAAAGUGACAGAGACGCUUCUUUGUCGAGGAUUGAGGAAAAACCAGCGGCACACUCUAAAAAGUUUAGAACUAAUUGGAAAUUUAAUGAUGAUAAUUAUAAAAGGACAUCUAAAUCGCAACGUCAUCCAUGCAACACUAUGGAUCCUGAUCUACUCUGUGGAGUAAUUUUUGUGGAUAAAGGAUUUACAGCUAAAGUUGUAUUUUAUUUAUUAAAUGAAAUAAGUAAGCACGAUGAAGAUUUGCAUUUUCUAUCACCUCUUUAUACGAUCGAAAGAAAUACCGAUGACAUUGGUUAUGCAAGAGAUUUAGAAAUGGAAUAUAGAAAGCAGGAAGAGGUCUUAAAGCGAUUUAGAAUUCAUGAAUGUAAUUUAUUGAUUUCCACUUCGAUUUUAGAAGAAGGUAUUGACAUUCCAAAAUGUAAUUUUGUAAUGAGAUAUGACUUUCCUAGGAAUUAUCAGUCAUAUGUACAAUGCAAGAGCAGAGCAAGAGCUAUAGAUGCAUUGCAUGUAUUAUUGGUACCGCAAGAAACGUCUAAGGAAUUGAUAUGGCAAUUAGCUCAAUAUCAGUAUAUAGAAAAGACUUUAUUAUUAAAAUGUUCUAAUAAAGAGUUAACUGAAGAAGAAGAGAACGAAGCAGAUAUGUACACUGCGAUGAUACCACAUUACAAGCCACUUGAUGGUGCUGAUGCUCCUAAAGUAACUUUUAAUUCUGCUAUCUCGUUGGUUAAUAGGUAUUGCGCAAAAUUACCAAGUGAUACUUUCACGAGAUUAACACCAGAGUGGUCUAUCAAUACGGUAAAGAUUAACGAUACAGGAAUGUAUACUUGUUCGUUACGACUUCCCAUAAAUUCACCAUUAAAGUAUGUAGUUACGUCAUACCCAAUGCCAAAUAGAGCGAUGGCUAGGCGUAUGGCUGCUUUGCAAAUGUGCAUUGACCUACAUCAAGAAAACGAAAUAGAUGAUAACUUGUUACCCAUUGGGAAGGAAAAUUUUAAAGCUAAACCCGAAGAUGCUGAAGUACCUGCUCUGCCAGACGAAAGUAGAGUUGAUUUUUCAGAAGCCAGACCCGGAACGACAAAGCGCCGACAAUAUUAUUAUAAAAAGACAGCUGAAGCAUUGAUGGACUGUAGACCGAUAGUUGGCACGCCAUCUUAUUUGUAUCACAUUAAUAUGGUACUAAGUUGCCCUUUGCCUGAGGAACAAAAUACACGAGGCAGACGUAUUUAUCCACCUGAAGAGUCAGCUAUCGGAUUUGGUAUACUUACAUUAAAAGAAAUACCCAAGUUGUGUCCGUUUCCUAUUUAUACUAGGUCGGGCGAAGUUCAUGUGCAAUUAAAGCUUAGUAAAGAAAGUGUAAUUUUGAACGAGGUUCAGCUAGAAAAGAUUGACACUUUUCUCAAUUAUACUUUUACAAACGUUUUAAGAUUGCAAAAGUAUUUAAUGCUGUUCGAUCCAAAUGCUUCAGAAAAUUCAUAUAUAAUUGUACCAGUAAAGAUAUCAGAUAAAGGCUCGGACGUUAGCGUAGACUGGGAUUUUUUGGAGUGCAUUUAUCAGAAUCGGAAUGCAGUACCAACCAAGGUCCCAGAAGAAGAAAGGAAAACUUUUAAAUUUGAUUCGUCCAAGUAUCACGAUGCUGUGAUUAUGCCGUGGUACAGAAGUCAAGAUCAACCACAGUAUUUCUAUGUAGCGGAAAUUUGUACGAACUUGAAUCCAAAGUCUUCUUUUCCCGGACACGAUUAUAGCACUUUCGAAGAAUAUUACUUGAAGAAGUACGGUAUACAGAUACAGAAUCUAGAGCAAUCGUUGUUAGAUGUAGAUCAUACAUCGGCUAGAUUAAAUUUUCUAACGCCUAGAUACGUAAAUCGCAAGGGUGUCGCGUUGCCAACGAGCAGUGAGGAAACGAAGCGUGCGAAAAGAGAAAACUUGGAACAGAAGCAGAUUCUCGUUGCCGAGUUAUGUGCUAUUCAUCCUUUUCCAGCGUCCUUGUGGAGACAGGCGGUCUGCCUGCCCUGUAUACUGUACAGAAUUAAUGCUUUGUUGCUCGCUAAUCAAAUACGAUGUCAAGUCGCACAAAUGAUAAACUUGGGUCAAGAAAAUUUGAAUUCAGAUUUUGAAUGGCCGGCAUUAGAUUUCGGGUGGAGUUUGGCGGAAGUAUUAAAGAGAUCAAAGGAAACGGAAAAGGCAAAGCAGACUAAAAGUGAAAAUGUGCAAUGCAACGCGUCUUCGAACAAUGUGAUCUCUAAUAAAUGCCAAAAUAUAUUAGAUCAGGAGAAUAAUAAAGAAAAGGCGUCGUUCAAUGAAACUGACAAGCCAAUUGAAUUGGAAUCUGACGGUACUGAUAAAACUGAUGAGGCUAACGAAGAGAUCGAUCAGAAAAGUAAUGAAUUAGAGAUCGGCACCUGGUCAAAUGACAUGGCAUGGUCAAAUGAUAUAGCGAUUGAUUCCAUAAACUAUGAUGCAGAAAAUCUGAAAUCGUUCCCCUUGAAUGUAACGGUCUUGCCGCAAGACUUCGGUUGGAACGAUAUCCGGUACGGUUCACCAACAUGCGAAUCCGAUUUCGACGGUUACGAAUCGGAUGACAUAUACAGCGAUGGCUUUGCGGAUACGUCCGACGAGAGUGAGGACGAAAGUAGAGGUUUAAAGAUUUCCUACAUGGGGGAAAAUGUUGCCGAGGCAGUGGAAGAUGAAAAACAGAUAUGCAAACAAGAGAUCAACAAGAAGAUCUUGGAUCUUUUGGAAACGGAGAAGAACUAUGACAAUAAUUUCUGGAUGUACGCGGAAAAGGAUGAGGAGGUGUUACUCAUGAAGCAUAAAGAAGCGCAUUAUGAGUUUACUAAGAAGAAGGAGCGUGACAUAAUGAACGAUGGCACUUUCAUAUCUUGUGAUUCUGAAAUCAUGAUGAAAAGGAGGAACUCUCUGAGUUGUCAGAUCGACAAAGAACAGCCGAACUGUAAGCACGAGGAAUACACCAAAACCAUUGUAAAGAAAUUUAUUGACGAAGUAUUAAAUAAGGAGCCUAGUAAAUCUACUCAAUCGGUAAAAAAAGAAAUUAGUAUGCAAAACAAAAUCAGUUACUUAGAUAACGAAUUCUUUAGUUUCGAUUAUCAACCAGAAUUAAAAGGCCAUCCAGGGCCAAGUCCUAGUUUAAUCUUGCAAGCUUUAACGAUGUCUAAUGCGAAUGACGGCAUUAAUCUGGAGCGAUUGGAAACGAUCGGCGACUCGUUCCUUAAGUACGCUAUAACGACAUAUUUGUAUUGCACAUACGAUAACAUCCAUGAAGGAAAACUUAGUCAUUUAAGGUCUAAGCAGGUUAGUAAUUUAAAUCUAUACAGACUUGGAAGACAGAAAAUGCUUGGUGAGAGUAUGAUAGCGACUAAAUUCGAACCACAUGAUAACUGGUUGCCUCCGUGCUAUUACGUUCCCAAGGAACUUGAGCAAGCGCUAAUCGAAUCUGGUGUUCCUUCAACCUUGUGGAAUCAGGCUGAUAUUCCCACUUUGCAAGCUGUAAAUCCCAGUGAGAUAACUCAGCUGGUUAAAGAAACUGAAGAGAAACUUGUUAUCAUGAAAAGCGAAUUGGACAAAAACGAAAGUAGACUGUCAAAUACUUUGGAUAAUCUUCGAUGUUUCAUACCUUACAAUUUAAUUACGCAACACAGUAUCCCAGAUAAAAGUAUCGCGGAUUGCGUGGAGGCUUUAAUAGGAGCAUAUUUAAUUGCAUGCGGGCCCCGUGGCGCGCUUCUCUUUAUGACUUGGCUGGGAAUUCACGUUUUGCCGGCUAAAGAGAUUUGCGUGGUAAGCGAAAAUGAGCCAGAAGAUAGAAUACCUGGUAGUACGCCGUACGUUAAGGAAUUUGAUGAAAGCGACGAGACUACUUGGACUCAAAUGUAUUACGGAAAAUUGGAAGAACCACAAAAUCCGUUACUCAGAUACAUUCCUGAUCCAGAAAACGAAUUGCACAUGAUGCUCGAUGGCUAUGAAGAGUUGGAAAAAAAUAUAGGCUACAAAUUUCGUGAUAGUAGUUAUCUCUUACAAGCAUUUACACACGCUUCUUAUCAGCCGAACAGAUUAACGGAUUGUUAUCAACGUUUGGAAUUUCUCGGUGAUGCUGUGUUAGACUAUUUGAUAACCAGACAUUUAUAUGAGGAUUCCCGACAGCACUCGCCGGGUGCUUUAACAGAUUUAAGAUCCGCUUUAGUUAAUAAUACGAUAUUCGCUUCUUUAGCCGUGAGAUGUGGAUUCCAUAAAUACUUCCGUCAUCUCUCUCCUGGUCUAAGUGUGGUGAUAAAUCGGUUUGUUAGAAUACAGGAAGAAAAUGGACAUUCCAUUAGCGAAGAGUAUUAUUUAAUUGGUGAAGACGAAUGCGAGGAAGCUGAAGACGUAGAAGUACCAAAGGCAUUGGGCGAUGUUUUCGAAUCAUUAGCUGGUGCUAUUUAUUUGGACAGCGGAAUGUCCCUCGAUGCAGUUUGGAGCGUUUAUUACGCGAUAAUGAAAUCGGAAAUUGAACAAUUUAGCACGAAUGUUCCCAAGUCACCAAUCCGCGAGUUAUUAGAAUUAGAACCUGAAACAGCGAAAUUCGGAAGACCCGAGAAACUAGCCGAUGGUCGUAGAGUUCGAGUAACCGUAGAUGUGUUCGGUAAAGGUUCCUUUAAAGGAAUCGGACGAAAUUAUAGAAUCGCAAAAUGUACAGCAGCAAAAUGCGCCUUGAAGAAAUUGAAAAGCAAAAUGCAAAAUUAUUCAAAGCCGAAACUGUGACAAAGUAUGUAGUUAAUAAAAAAAAGGAAUGUAAGAAUAUAUAGAAACUUUUAUUUUAUACAUACUUCAAAAUUGUUGUUUUCAUAAGCAUAUUUAUGCAUUUACAUUUUUUUAUCUGAAUGCAUACUAUAUGUCAGUGCAACAAUAUAAAUGAUCCAGGAAAAAAUCUAGGAAGAUAUAAAUCUUAACGAUCAAACUUUUAUGCGCGAUUAAUCGCGAUUAAUUGCGUUGACAGUUAACAAAUUGAUAUAACAUGAUGUAUGAUGAAUAAAUAAUCGAACUAUAUUUACACGUGACUGAUGUAAAAUAUAAAAGAGAGAUAACAAUGAUAUGAUAACUUAAGAUAGUUUUUUUCAGAACAUUCAGUACUAUACUUUCUUUCUCUUAUCUCUUUGACAAUAACGUUAAUUAAUACAAUACAAUUAUGUUACAGAAAACGUUUUCUUUUUUUACUUAUUUUUCUGAUCUAUUUUUCGUACGUGUGUAACAUGUAAUGUAGCAAAAAAAGAAUAUAUUUUUGUUAUCUUAACAUGUUAGGAUAGAAAAAUUUCUUGAUAAGUAAAUAAACCAUUGUUUAUAUGUCUCAUUUUUCUGAAAUAUUUUACAUAACAUUGUCGUAUCAUUAACUGAAACUUCUAGUCAUAGAUGACUUCUAAUGAAAGUCUUGAUACAUGUGUAAUUGAAAAUUAAUUCAGAGAUGAUUCUAUAUAAGACCUUCGCACAAAAAUAAAAAAAUGGUUUCAUAGUUUUGCGAUCCUUUUUCGAUUGUACAGAGAUUGUUCUCUCUCCCUACGAAAUAAGCAUAUUAUCUAAGAGUAAUCUUGUACCUUUUAUGAGUGUUUCGAGAAUAAAUAAAAUAUUUUGUAA